AGUCAGUGGUGGUGUUGGCAGCAAGAAGAUGUUAGCGAAGUUAGCGGUGGUGAUGGCAACAUGUGAAGUACAGUAUAGGGUAAUCAGUGUUGGUGAUGGCAGGAAGAAGACGUUAGCGAAGGUAGCGGGGGUGAUGGCAGCGUGUGAAGUGUAGGCUAGUCAGUGGUGGUGAUGGCAGCAAGAAAACGUUAGCAAAGUUAGCGUUGAUGAUGGCAGCAGGCGGUGGCAAGAGCGGGUCAGCUGUGAUGGUAAACAAAGCUCCAGUCAGCUGGUGUGGGCGUCCGGCCUGAUCUUUCUGCUUACCACAAAAGCACUCAGCUGGGCAGCCAGCUGCACAAAUAGCUUCAGUCACAUUCCUCCUAUAUCAUAGCAGCCAGUUCUCACCAUCUGACAAGCGCCGUAUGUGAAAUGGUUUUGCCUUACUAGAAGCGUUCGCAAUUAAGCAACACGCCUAACCUGUCGAGGCUAAUGCUCAUUAGUGCCAGGAAGCGUCAGUAUUGCAGUGUACCCGAAUUUUGAUGGUGGUCGAUUGCGUCACAAUUGCAUAAGUCAGUCGUGGCGAGGAACUGUUUUAGCCAACAUGCCUUCAGAUAUCAUAACAUUGAAGGGGUUUCUUUCAGUGAUUGGAAGUGCAGUACUGUCAAAAUGCAGUAGAUACAGUAUGCAAUAAUUCGGUGCCAAGGUUCAAGAUGAAUACAUGUGAAAGUGACCGCCUCUCGUGGACAGGCCAUAGCCUCGUGCUGGCAAAUAGCUUGUAUCAUUUGUAUGCACAGUCGAGCCUGCUGGAUGUGAGGCUUGUGUGUGACGAGGCACACAUUUAUGCACAUAAGGCUGUCUUAGCUGCUGGAAGCCGGUUCUUUCUGGAGCGCUUGCAGUCACUGGGAUCAGGAAUGGUUGAGCUACAAAUGUCCACUGCAAACCUUGGCCUGCUUAUUUCUCCAAGUGAUUUGCGGGCAGUGGUAGAGUAUAUGUACUGCGGGGAGCUCUUGGUUCCUCACCACCGUUUGCCACAUGUUUUGGCCCUAGUACGAUCUCUCCAAGUUUUUGGGUUCCAGACUGAUGCAGGAGGAUAUAUUACGGGAGCAGAGCCCCAAUAUAUAGCACACACUGAGAUGAAUUAUGCCUCUUUAGAUGUCCCAGGUGUAAUGGAAAUACCCAUAGAUAGUUCACACAUGCAGUUAGAAAGAACUGAAGAUAGUAGCAGUGGUCUUGGUGACAACACAUCCCUUCCACUAAUAACCAUUAAACCCCUUGAACAAAGCAUACUUCAGGAUCCUCCUAAAUAUUCUGAGCCACUUAAAAUAGAUACCAAUAUUAGUACACUGUGUUCUUCAAAUAAUAUGUCAUUUAGUGAAUUAUGCACUGCACAAGGAACGGAUGGAGAUGCAUUUGCUAUUCAAUGUAAUCAGAUGAAGAAUAAUGUUCCUUCAAUAUUUGAAAGCUCGGUGUUAGAAGAAACUAUUUCAGUUUUAAAGAAUAGACCUCCAGAGUGUGGAGAGGUGUACAGCAAACCUAACAGUGAUGUUGUGUACACACGAACUGUUCUCAAUUAUAGGGGGGAACCUGAUGUUAUUAUUGAAGGUGGAAAAACAAUGAAUACACAAUUAGAUGAUCUUGAUAAAGAGGAGUGUAAUGCUCGGCUUGACCCUCGACAGUCCAAUACCUGCGUCCUUGAAGGAGAUACGGAUGAUGCCUACAACACUGUCAUGUUAUUGGAAGCUCUGGCAGCAGAAGCCCCCAGCCCAUCAGUGGUAGAUGUGGAUAGCAUUCUCUUGACCGAUGAAGCAAAAAUGGCCAUUAGUCCCAGGUGGCUGCGAUCUCGGAGGUCCCUGAGGGCAACUGCAGAUUCUCGAGUUAGAUUAAAAGUGAAGGACAGCAUUGGUGGUGUCUCGCUGCAGGACACAUCUCAGAGACUGUCGGCAGUUUCCUCAUCUCUUCCCUCAGUCAGCCCAGAAGAUGACGCAACCAUCAGGGACAACAAGGAGAAUUGGAUGAUGGUCUUACCUGAUACUCGUACAUCUGUGAUUCCCCAUAUACCCAGUGCCAAUACACUUUACUCACAAGCAUCUAUUGCUGACACUUCCUUAUUGCCUCAGAUUUCAAAUGAAGAUCCUGUACAUGUACAGACGUCUCUGGCUAACUCUUCCUUUUUAAACCGGGCCAUAGCAUCUAAUACAGGUCCACUUAUACCCUCCCCGAUGCCUAUGGCCACUUCUCUUUUAGCACAAUCAUCUUGUGCAAAUGGUAUAUCUAUGUUUACGCACCCCACAGCCUCCAACAGUAAUCCAUUAUUAGUGCAACCUUCUCUUUCUAAUCCAAAUCCGUUGCUUACACAAUCAAAUAUCUCUUUCACUCCAUUUCUUCAGCCCUCUGUUUUGUCAGCAGCUGUUGUAAAUCAAUCUGAUUUCUCACAUAUUCACCAUACUCUGUCUACUCUUCCUAUACAAGCUGUCUCUGCUCAGUCUAUAGAUUCUGAAACUACUACUGCUUAUACUUCAAAUAUUUCUUAUUCCCAGUCUACCAGCCCAGUUUUUCCAGAGUCGUCUUCCUCUCCAUCACAUAUCUUGACUCAAACAUCCUCUGUUCCCACUCAUAUACAAUCUCCAGUGUCCACUUCAUCCCCUCUAAGUGAGUCUUCUGUCUCAAUCUUGACCCCUGUUACCCAAUCAGAUAGAUCUAUUACCCCCUCUACUCUAUCACAUUCAUCAGUAAGCUUGGUUUCCCAACUCAUGCAGUCAACUGGAUCUUCUGUUUCCAGCUCCAGUAUUUCAGAUUCAUUUGCUCUACAGUCUUCCAUUUCCAACAGCAUUCUUAGCCAGUCAUCCACAUCCACUCCAGCAUUGUCAGUAGCCUCACCUCCCACAGCUUCUUUACUCUCACAGUCAUCUUCCAACCCACAGGUAAUAGAGUCUUUUAAUACUUCAACUCCUUCCUAUCCUGCAGUUGUAUCAUCUCCAGUUGCCUGCCUAUCUGGUGUGACAAAUGUCAACUGUUCCUUAACAGAUACAACUUUCCCACUUGCCUCCUCCUCCUCUUCAUUUGCAAGUUCUUCACCAGUUGUAUCUUGGCCUAAUUCACUCUAUUUAUCCCACACAACAACCUCUUUAACAGACUCACCAAUUGUUUCUCUUUCUCCUUCAUCAAGAUCUUGCAGAAACACAAACACAGUAAUAUCAACUACUACACCUUUGGCACUAGAUGGCACUCUGCCUGUGACCUCAAGAGCUACCUCAAGUCCAUCUCUUAAUAUUCCUCGCUCUGUAGGCACUGUAAAUAAAACAAAAUGCCUUGCCACCACCCUUACUACUUCCACCACUACUAGUACCACUGCGUUCUCUUCAAAUGAUGGCAAAUUUACUACAAGUCCUUCAAGCACUGCUCCAACAAGUCCCUGUUUAGUGUCCGAGGAUGGUGAUGGCAGCAGCGAGGAAGAGGAUGCCCACCAGUGUUCACAGUGCCCUAGAGCAUUUAAGAAUUUAGAUAAACUUACUCUUCAUCUGUGGAAUGAACAUGAAAUUGGUACUUUAGCUAAAUGUCAGCUGUGUGAAUACAGCAGUCCUCUACACAGCUCCUUGGUGGAACAUGCAACUUCUCAUAUCACCAAAGACUGUAAUACAUGCGCUGUGUGCAACAAAAAGUUCAAGACUCGUUCCACAAUGAAAAUCCAUCUACGCGUGCAUCGUGGAGAGGAGGUCAUGUACAAGUGUGAAUCCUGCCCUGUGAUGUACAGCCAGAAAUUCAACCUGACCAAACACUUGGCAUCAAAACACCAACGUGAUGCAAAUGGUCGGCCUCUUACACAAUCACUCUCGUGCCCUUAUUGUGCCUUCACUACCCUUGCUGAUUACAAGCUUAAGGCACAUAUUGUGCGCCGUCAUACUGUGGACAAGCCUUUCAAGUGUAAUGAAUGUUCAUAUGCAGCAACAGAAAAGACAGCCCUGGCUAAACAUAUAAGGACGCACACUAGAGAACGGCCAUAUAUUUGUGAAACUUGUGGAUUCCAUGCGCUAACCCUAAGUAGUCUUGGGCGUCAUCGUCGAAGUCACACUGGAGAGAAGCCAUUCGAAUGUGAACAGUGUGGUCAACAAUAUGCUGAUAGUAAACGUUUGCGUGAUCAUAUGUAUAAACACAACAAUGUUAAACCAUACAUGUGUCACAUGUGUGGUUACACGUGCAGACGGAAAGACAAUCUGCAGACUCAUCUUCACAAUAUCCACAAGAUAGAAGACCAUAAAGGUAAUGACGCUGCAAGAUCACAUGCCCCUGCACUACCUCGAUCUGGCAAAGCCAAAAGGGUGAAAGCAGGAUCAUCUGUGGAAUCAACUUGUGAUCCACUCAGAAUCACACCAGAGGUGAUUGAUCAGACCUCUAACCAUGGUACCUGCUUAGAUGAUGUCAAAGUCAAAAUGGGACCUGAAGUAUCUAAAUUACAGGUAUGGUCAGAACACAGCUAUGACAACCGUAACCCGACGCAGAAUAGUGAUGGUGGAUCUGUGAUGCUUGGCAGUACUGCAGCAGUUGUAGGAUGUGGUGAAUUAGAUCCUGGAGGAAGAGAACUGAUGGUAUCUCACACAUCUUUUACAACUACACUUGCUGCACCAACACUUCAGAGUCCUGGGUGUAUGGCCAUUGGUGGAACUGGACCAGCAUUACAGCUUGGAUACCUGCUACCCAUGACUGCCCCAACAGAUCCCACCAUAGCCUUGACCUCCUCUACUGAUGGAGUGAUAUUGGUUAGUCAGCCGCAAGUCCCUCACACAUCAAAGCCAUUUCUCUGAACUUCGCAGAAAUCUAAAUGUCAAAAUUAAUAUUUUAGUUAUAUUUUGUAUGGAGUAACAUGCCUUUAAAGCUGAAAGAAAUUAUUUAAAAAUCACAAUAUAGCAAUUAUCUCAUGAACGCCGACCUUCAGCAUAUACAAAAACAAGCCAAAGAUUUUUGUACAGUAUUUAGAUAAACUGAAAUUCUA